AGCCGGAGGGACGGCCGAAUAAGAGGACAUUGCCAUCUGGUAGUGCGUGCUCUGCUAUAGACGUGUCCCCGCGUUGAAACGCAGCAGGAAGGAGGCGGGGACGCCAACACCGGAACCGCUCAUGCCCCUGGAGGAGAGAGCGGAGCCUGGUAGGCGGGGCACACGCGGGAGCGGUGGCAGCAGAGUUGUCGCGGCGGGCGGUUCCCUUCGCUGCUGCAGUAGGCGGCGGUGCCUGAGCCACAGUUUUUGAAGAGACAGCCAGACCUCGACUAGGUUUGCCGUGCGAAGUUCAGGAUGGGGUUGAAAACGGCAAUCGCCGUAAUGGUGUUGCCUCCAGCGAGCCUCACUUUCUCAGAGGAGAGAGGGCUCCCUCGGGGCUGAGGGGACCUCUUUUUCCUUGCCUGUUUUCGCCCCCGAGUGCGAAAGUCCGGCGUUGCUUUUCAGUUCUCUUUUUCCGACUCGGGCCGGACGCAUUCCUGGCCCGCCGCCGCAGGUGGUGACUUUGCCACCACCUUUUAAAGUCACUGGUGGAAGAUGGCGUGGGUGCUGAAGAUGGACGAAGUAAUCGAGUCCGGUCUGGCGCACGACUUCGAUGCCAGCCUCUCCGGCAUUGGGCAAGAGCUGGGCGCCGGUGCCUACAGCAUGAGGUGGGUUUCCCGGAGGAAGGGACCGGGAGGCUCCUUUUGCCCCGGUUUCUUCGCGCUUUUGAUGGGGAAGAAGAGCUUGCAGAUGGUACUUCCCUUUCGGCGGAAGUUUGACUUUUCUGUUAUGCUGAGUGAUGUUCUGGCACUUCCCAUUUUUAAGCAAGAAGACUCUAGCCUUCCAUCUGAUAAUGACACAAAACAUCCACCAUUUCAAUAUGUUAUGUCUGCUGCAACGUCCCCAGCAAUCAAACUGCAUGAUGAAACACUUACUUAUUUAAAUCAAGGUCAGUCCUAUGAAAUUCGGUUGUUAGAUAAUCGAAAAAUGGGAGAUAUGCCUGAGAUCAAUGGGAAACUCAUAAAGAGUAUCAUAAGAGUAAUAUUCCAUGACAGAAGAUUACAAUACACUGAACAUCAGCAACUAGAAGGCUGGAAGUGGAAUCGCCCUGGAGAUCGAUUACUUGAUUUAGAUAUUCCUAUGUCUGUUGGAAUAAUUGAUAUAAAAACAAAUCAAAGCCAACUCAAUGCAGUUGAGUUUUUAUGGGAUCCUGGAAAACGCACAUCUGCCUUUAUUCAGGUACACUGUAUUAGCACAGAAUUUACACCUCGGAAACAUGGAGGUGAGAAAGGAGUUCCAUUUAGAAUACAGGUUGACACUUUUAAAGAAGCAGAAAAUGGAGAGUACAGUGAUCAUCUGCAUUCAGCCAGCUGUCAAAUCAAAGUGUUUAAACCAAAAGGGGCAGACAGAAAACAAAAAACAGAUAGAGAAAAGAUGGAGAAGCGAACUGCCCAUGAAAAGGAAAAAUACCAGCCUUCAUAUGAUACUACAGUUCUCAGUGAGAUGAGGCUUGAGCCUAUAAUUGAAGAUGCAGUUGAACAUGAGCAGAAAAAGUCCAGCAAGCGGACUUUGCCAGCAGACUACGGUGAUUUUCUGGCAAAGCGAGGCAGUUGUUCACCAUGGCCUGAUGCGCCUGCAUUUGUGAAUACCCCUACCCCAAAACCAGCUUUUACUUCUUCUCCACACACUACUUACAGUAUCCCAGACAGUAAUUCAUCAUCUCCAAAUCAUCAAGGAGAAGGCAUUUCCUUAGCAGGUGGUGAGCAACUUCAUCCAUCAGGCACAAUCCAAGAAACCCAGCAAUGGCUGCUUAAACAUAGAUUUUCCACUUAUACAAGGGUGUUUUCUAAUUUCUCAGGUGCUGAUUUAUUGAAGCUGACAAGAGAAGAUCUGGUACAAAUCUGUGGUCCUGCUGAUGGAAUUCGGCUAUACAAUGCACUUAAAUCAAGGUCUGUUAGGCCACGUCUAACAAUCUAUGUAUGCCAAGAGCAGUCAAGAAGUAUACGACUGGAAAGGCAACAAGACUCAGGCAAUGGAGUAAAGAAUGGUGCACUAUUUGUUUACCAUGCAAUCUACUUGGAAGAAAUGGCUGCCUCGGAAGUCACUCGCAAGCUUGCUUUGGUGUUCAAUAUUCCUUUACAUCAAAUUAAUCAGGUUUACAGACAAGAUCCUACUGGUAUCCAUAUUCUUGUCAGCGAUCAGAUGGUCCAAAACUUUGAAGAUGAGAGCUGCUUCUUCAUUACCACAAUAAAAGCUGAAAAUGGUGAAGGUUUCCAUAUAAUUUUGAAGUGAUGUUGCCAUAUGUAUGUCAAACUGAUAUUCCAAUUGAAAAAUGAAGUCAUCAAGAAUGGCAAAUAAUAUCAAGUGUCUUCAGAGAUCUGAUUUCACCAUAUAGAAUGUUUCAUAUUGAAAACGCAAGUUGACCUUCUAAUGAGCGGUUUAGUAAAUGAACUUAUCACUGCCAUAGCCAAUUUUCCUCAUUAGAGGUAGAAAUUACCCAAUAAGCAUGGAAAAAAGCGAAGUGCAUAGAAGUGUUUGCCCUUUCUUGAAACAAAUAAAAUAGGCAAGCUAUGGCCAGUACCUUGAAGCAUUACUGUUUCCUAUUACACUGUAUCUGGUUGAAUGUAAACUAAUAUUGGGCAUUUAUCUUCCUGUGCCAGUUUGGUUAUUACUUGCUUGUGCUUUUAUGUUGGUUUUAUUUUUUGAUGUUAGCAGAGCACAUAGUAACUUGUGUGGAGAUAAGUAAUAUGAUAAUAACAAUCAGGUUUGGGAUCUUGAGCAUAAAGCUAUCAAAACAACAUUCUCUAUAUAAUAUGUGUAUAAAGUGUGGAUGUAAGAAGUGUAAAUGUCAGGGCUUGUUAAAGUCCUAACCACAUGAAAAUUAAGCAUGCAUCAAAGCAUAUUAUCAAUAGUACCUAACUGAGAAAUUUAUAAAAUAAGAUCUCUGAGGUACAGCAUUUUGCUUUUCAACAAAUUCCUUGAGAAAAUUUGCCUAUGCAUCAUGUUUUUAGUUUCUUGAAUGAUACACUCCUGCAGCUACGCUUUUUUAAAAAAAAAUCUGUAAAAUAAUAGUGAUUUGAAAUUUCUUAAUAGAGAAAAGGAAAUGUAAUUGUCACAAAAGUUAAAUAUUUGAAAUUAAGCAAGGUUCCAUAAACCAAACAAUACUUUUAACAAAAUAUAGGUGCACUCCUGCAUUUUCCCAUGUUCACUCCCACGUGACAACUGUCCCUUUCUCUUUUUUCCUCUGGCUGUACUGGAAAGACCAGUCUUAGUGCCUAUUCCAUACAACCAAAUACUUAACUAGCAGUUGCACAUCUUAAUGAACUGUACAAAUGUUUUCAAAUAUUACUGAAGAUCAUAGCAUUCUAGAAAAAUAAUAUUUGACUCUUCUGGAUUGUGUAUUAAUAUAUGUAUUUGUUAGAAAUUAAGACACAAAAGGUAGAUUACUUCAAUACUUGCUUUUUUAAUCAAAUCUUGAAUGCUGUAGUGAAAGGGUGAAAAGCACCGCAUGUCAAGUAAUGUUUUUUAUUUCAAUUCCAUUUUUACUUAUGCCUAAGUGAAGUGCUUGAACUAUAUAAUUAUUCUAAGAAAGUCAGUUAAUUACUUGUAUUUGGAUGAAUGUUCAUUCCCUUAUUUUUUCAUGACCUACACUAUUUUGCACUGAUACAGAGGGAGCAUAGUUUGUGAGCAUAAAUUGUUUUUGAGUUGUUCUUGCCUAUAAAUUAUUUUUUAUUGUACUUGAGUGUCUUCAGUUCACUUGAUGUGCCAUGUCAACACAUUUUUCAAAUUUGUGAAGAAUCUUCAAAAAAUGUAAAAGUUGUACAAUAGUUUUGUUCAUUUGCAUUUAAUUAAUGGCACCAGCAAAUUGCUUUUUGUUUUUGGAUAUGAUAUAUACAUUUCAAUUUCAGUAAAAACAUUUUCCAAUAA